AUGACGUGUGACUCAUACUUCAAUGCUUGCAGUUCUGAGCAGUCUUCAAUGAUCCGCGCUACUGAGAGGUCACGCCGGAAUUUGGAGCCCAUCAUGAGUGUCAAAAAAAGAGGGUACGAUCAUUCAUAUAUUGAAUAUGGAUUCACAUCCAUCAUCAUCAAUGGAGAAGAAAGGCCUCAAUGUGUUAUUUGUAGUAAAGCUUUGACAAAUGAUUCUAUGAAACCAACAAAGUUGAGGCGACAUUUGCAGAAUGUUCAUCCUCAACACAAGGACAAGGACCAAAACUUUUUUGAACGUCAUGGGAAUGCUCUCAAAAAGAUGAAGCUGGAUUCAACAGGGGCAUUCAAAGAAACAAACCAAGAGGUUACUGAAGCUUCUUAUGUCGUAGCACUGGAGAUAGCAAAGCAGAAAAAACCACAUACAAUUGGGGAAAAUUUGAUCAAACCUUGCUCUCUCAAGAUGGUGGAAAUUGUGUUGGGAAAUUGA